GGCGCACUUGAAGAAGAGAGAUCUAGCGCUACAACUAUUUUAUUUUAAAAUCAUGAUGAUAUUUCAUUAUGAGGUUUCUGGAGUCUUUCCUUCGUAUUAAUUGCUUAAAAAUGGGGCUCAGCAGCUCUCAGUUAGAGAAAGAGAUUGCCAGUGAUCAACUUCUCAGUGGAGAACGAUAUUUUGGGCUGGUGAACUUCGGAAAUACGUGCUACUGCAAUUCAGUCAUACAGGCCUUGUUCUUCUGUAAGCCAUUUCGAGACAAGGUCUUACAAUACAAUGAUCGAGCGAAAAAUCCCAAAAAGGAAACUCUACUGACAUGUCUUUCGGAUCUCUUUUAUUCAGUCGUAUCUCAGCAAAGAAGAGUGGGUCAGAUGCGCCCUAAAAAAUUCAUACAAAAGUUGAAGCGGGAGAAUGGAUUAUUUGAUAACUAUUUGCAACAGGAUGCUCAUGAGUUUCUUAAUUAUCUUCUCAACAAAAUAGCUGACAUAAUAAGAGCCGAACAACAACCAACCGGAGUAGAAGAUGCUGAAGAUCCUAGUGAUUGUGAAAUGACUGAUGUUUCAGAAAGUAAUCAAAAGCAUAGUGGCCGUAAUUGGAUUCAUGAGAUCUUCCAAGGAAGCUUGACCAAUGAAACUAGGUGCCUUAACUGUGAUAAUGUUCGCACGAAAGAGGAAAAUUUCCUCGAUCUAUCAGUUGAUGUCGGAGAAAAUGUUGAUAUAUCUUAUUGUCUCCGUUGCUUUUCCGAUACUGAAACAAUGCGUUCAGACAAUAAGUAUUACUGUGAAUUUUGUCGUUGCAAGCAAGAAGCUCAGAGACGGAUGCGCAUUAAAAAGCCACCUUUACUUCUGGCCCUGCAUUUGAAGCGAUUCAAGUAUUCAGAAAAUCUCAAUCGGUUUAUCAAGUUGUCCUACAGAGUCGCUUUCCCUAUGGAAUUAAGACUAUUCAAUACGUCUAGUGACUCAUCUAAUGAUGAUCGUCUAUAUAAUCUUAUGGCUGUUGUCGUUCACUCAGGCUCUGGACCAAAUCGUGGACAUUAUGUAACACUUGUGAAGUCUCAUGGAUUAUGGUUUUUGUUUGAUGACGAACUAGUUGAAAAAAUCCAUCGCACCAAUAUUGAAGACUUUUUUGGUUCGUCUACGGAAACCUCGAAAUCUUCUUAUACAGCUUACAUUCUUUUCUAUUUAGACGCUAAAGUUGCUUCAGACAAAAUGGUUACUCCAAAUCCAAAAGACUUAUACCGCUUUUGUGAUCUUGUAAUGGAGUCAGUUGUAGAGAUGAGUCCACCCUCGUAUGAUCUACCUUGGCUUCCUGGGUUUGAAGAAUGUAAAACAGACUAUGAACGUGUCAAGAAGUUUAUGUCAAUGCCAUUUCUUAGACAAUUUAAAAUCUCAAUCUCUGACCAAUCAUCAGCUGUGAAAAAUAAUUCCAUUGCUAAACAAAAACGUGAACAGGGAAAUGAAGCAUGGCGUACUAAUAAUUUAUCUUUAGCUCUUCGUUACUACACUGAAGCGAUUUUCUUUGCCAGCAGUUCUGAAGAAAAAGCUUUAGGCUAUGGUAAUCGGUCAUGUGUUUUAAGUCGUAUCGGUGUUCAUGAAGCAGUAUUACAAGAUAUUGAUCUGGCUAUUAAAUAUAAUUUCCCUAAAGAUCGUCGUCCACGUCUAUUUAUACGUCGUGCACAAAGUCUUAUUUCGCUGAAACUCUUUAAAGAUGCAUUAACUGAAUUUAAUAACUGUGUGGAAUAUAUGAAAUCUGAAAAUUUAACUAUUCCAAAUAAUUUAAAUGAAAUGAUGCAAAAGGGAAUAAAAGACUGUUCAACUAUAAUAAAAGAUGAAGUAUUGAUUGAUAAUUCAGUUAUACCGUACUUUGUACAUGAGGCGAAAUCGUUAAUAAUGAAGCAUGAAAACACUCAAACGAUCAUUACAAAGAAUUAUAAUAAUCCUAAUAAUAGCAGUAAUAUCACAGAUCAUAAUUUGCAUCCAAGCAUUUUUCGCUCUCUCCAUUUACAAGAUCCACCAGCUGUGAAAUUAAAUUAUAAUGAUGAAUUUGGUUGGCAUAUCGUAGCGACAAAAAAUAUUCAGCCAGGUGAACUUCUCAUACUAGAUAAACCGUAUUCUUGUAGACUUCAUUACAAUAGAUUAUUACUCAAUUGUUAUCGUUGCUCUAAACGAUGUAUCAAUCCUAUACCCUGCCGUAAUUGUACUCAGGUUGGUUUUUGUAGUGAAUUGUGUGAACAAGAAGCUUGGAAUCCAGUAUGGAUCGAUAUUAACACAUCGUUGCCCUUAGAGUCGACAGCUGAUUUAUCUUUACCGUGCCAUCGUUUCGAAUGUGGACUUGUUGAUCGACUGAUUAUAGAAGAUUAUGCUGGUUGGAAACGAUUACGCAGUAAAUCGUCAAAUGACUUGACAGUAUCAAUAAAGAAAUUGAAGUCAUUCAUUGAUAAAUUAUCUGAUGACGAUGUAAUUGGUGGACCGAAUAUUUCAUGGCUUGCAUUUUCUCUUUUAACUAAAACUGCCCCGAAUAUUUUGAAUAGAUUAAUCAAGAUUUCUUUAAAUAAAUUAAUUUAUCAAAUUGAUGAAAACCCAGUAAACAAAGAAGAAUUAUCAUCAUUUACUGGUAAUCGUGUUAUUCCACAACAAAAUUGGGAUGAUUAUACAACUGUUGAUUGGCUGAUAACAAAUUCAAUUAAACGUAAAACUAGUGAUUUAUGGCAACGGACUGUUGUAGCUGUUUAUUUAACUUUUUGUCUUGAAGUAAUUCAAAUACAGUUUUGCAAUCGGUCAAUCACAAAUCAACGAGAUAAUGAGCUCACGUGGUUGGUCAGGAAAUGGUUUGAAUUCCUAGAGUGAGGCAUACACUGUUAGUGACGUUAAAUAUAUAUAGGGUUACAUAACAGUUCAGUCAAUAAACACCUUUCUCACUCUCAGUAUUUUCUUUUGAAUAACCGUUUGGGCUCGUAUCUAGGGUGAUCAGGGAUCAGUAUUGAUAUCGGACAUUGCACGUGGCAACUGAAUCAAGUCGUAUUCACCGGCCGGUGGUUAUCCAAUUACCAGAGACGUUGAUGAUAAUAGUCAAUUGGAUUGUACACUACUGCCAUUUGAUUGGGCAUCUACAUGUAUAUUACAUCAUCUUCAAUGUAUCUCAUCUAAUGGUCAUUCGUUAUCAUUACCUGAAUAUAUUUUUACAGAAAAUACUACAACUGUUCAUAAUAAUAAUACUAGUGAUAAACAACACAAAAUACCCGGUAUAGAUUUAAACAAAUUGACAUCAACUGAAAUAUCUACUUGUUUAUAUCCAGUUUUGUCAUUAAUCAAUCAUUCAUGUGAUCCAAAUAUUACCAAUGUAACAAUUGAUAAAUUUCAAUGUGCGAUUUAUUCAAUCCGACCUAUUAAACAAAAUGAAAUUAUUUAUGGAAAUUAUGGUUUACAUUAUGCAGUACAUUCUCUUAAUGAACGUCAAAGCUCAUUACAAUCGCAAUAUCAUUUUCAUUGUGUAUGUCAAGCAUGUAUAGAGAAUUGGUCACCUCUCAUUACAACUACUAAUAGUAUAACUAAUAAUAAUAAGGAUUUCCAAUUAAAAUGUAUUACGUGUUCUGGUUUAAUUAAUUUUGGUACAGUAACAACAUUAUUGGAUAGUGAUAAUAAGUCAUCAUUAAAAAAUAUCCAUUAUUGUCAAUGUAGUCAACCGAUCCAAUUGAAGUCAUUGAGUAAAUUUCAAAAACUUGUUUACAAUGAUUUAUACACUAAAUUUAAUACUAUACCAUUAACAUUUCAAAAAACUUCACCGAAGAAAAUGACAAAUAAAUUUUUAAAUAAAUUUAUUGUUUAUACUAAACAAAUGUUAGAUACAGAACAUUUAUAUAGUAUACUUCAACGACCUUGUACUACUUUAGAUUGGUUACAAGAAAUGCUUAAACAAUUGCUUGAUCUUCAACACUCUGGUUGGUCAUAUGAAAGUAAAAUAAUUCGAUCAGCAUUUUAAAGGAUGUUCUAAUGUAUAUUUUUGUUGCGUAAUUCUGUACCUUUCCCUAUCAGAUGAACCGAAUUCUAAUAUUGUUCUCUUAUUUGAUGGAUUACAGUGACAUGGGCGCAUCAUCCGCAAUUUUUAUCUUCUAAAUAAAAUGAUUCCAUUUAACUAUAAAUUUCACAAAUGAACAUCGACUGAAACCCUUCAACAAUAAACAGUAUGACAUCCAACAAUCCUGCCUUGCUCUCCAUUGACUCUCGUUAGUUUGAGUUUGUAAUGGAAAUUUUCUUUAAAACGAAUAAAGUUUAAAUCAUCCAUCUAGAAACUGGAUACUAAUCGGUACUUAUUCAUUCCUGUCUUCCUUAUUCUAAUGUUUUCGUUUUACUAUUCCUAGUCAGCACUACGUUAUGUUUCAUGUUGUUUUGUUCUAUUUAUUUGUGGAUAAUUUUGUGACCAUGACUCCGGUUAUUGGAGUUGGUCAGUAGGAACGAACUUCUGAUGCUUUUUUCUAUUUUCAUUUUCUAUAAUUUGCUACAUUGAACGUUUUUUCAAAAUUUACCUUAUAACAAACUGUUUUGUUACAUGAUAUAGUCAUUUUAAUCACUAUCCCGUUAUCUCUUAGUUUGGUCAAGAUCAGAUCACCGGUUAAUUUCAUUCGUGACUUCUUUCUUCCAUUUAUUCAUAGAAUUUUUCUGAAGGAAGUUACUAACGUAAUAUUAGUAUGCUUUUUUUCUAGAUCAUCCAAAUAAGUCUUCCAAAGAAUAUUUGAAAAUAAAUGGAUGCUUUCAUGAUACCUAAAAACAUUUAGCACUUUUUUUUAUCUUACAUAACUUUAUUAUUUGCUACACCAUUGUGAUCUGUCUUUUUGUUUACUAAUUUUCAUCUUAUUUCCAGUUUUUU